CCAGCCUAUCCGCGGUGCUGCGUAGAAUGUCUCCUGACGUAAACUCCAGGACAACAGGCCUGGGAGGGAAGACCCUGCGAGGAGCGCAGGAUUUAGUGUGAAGAACGAAGGCUAGCCUUGAUUCCACAAAUCCUGGGUGAAAUCAGUCACCAUGCCGGCUGCACUGUUGCCAAAGCCACAGAUGCGUGGCCUGUUGGCCAGGCGGAUGAAGUUUCACCUCCUCGGGGCGUUUUUGGUGUCUAUGGGAUCCGCAUCUAUGUACAAGUUUGGAGUUGCUGAGCCCAGGAAACGAGCUUAUGCAGAGUUCUAUAAAAAGUAUGAUCCUGUGAAGGACUUUGAAGCCAUGAAGGCAGCUGGUGUGCUUGAGUCUGCACCACCCAAGUGAUGAUUCCCUUUCGUUCAAGGAGACUUGAUGACUGAACCUUAUUUGUUCACUGAAGUGUGAAGUGCAAUGCACUUCAGUGUAUGGCACGCUCUAAUGCAACUCAAUAAAUAAAAUACAUAUGUCAGUGA